AGAGGAGGUGUGGUUUUCACUUACUCACAAGGAACAUAAGUCUUUCAGCUGAACAGUGCUACACAGUUUGCCACCUUAGAAUUCAUUGCUUUUAUGUGUAAAAGUUGACAGCUGACUUCUUUGUCAAAAUGGACAGUGCAUUUGAUAACCUGGAUGCAGCUGGUUUUCUGGAAAUCUGGCAACACUUCGAUGCAGAUGAUAACGGCUACAUCGAGGGCAAAGAGCUCGAUGACUUUUUCCGUCACAUGAUGGAGAGGCUCGGUCCACAGGAGAAGGUCACUGAAGAAAGAGUCCAGAGACUGAAGGAGAGGUUCAUGUCUGCAUAUGAUGUCACUGCUGACGGGAAGCUACAGAUUCAGGAGCUGGCCCACAUGAUCCUGCCCGAGGAUGAAAACUUCCUGUUAGUUUUUCGCAGAGAAGCUCCUCUGGACAACAGUGUUGAUUUCAUGAAGAUUUGGAGGAAGUACGAUGUCGACUGCAGCGGCUACAUCUCGGCUCAGGAGCUCAAGGCCUUCCUGAAAGACUUGUUCCAGCAGCACCACAAGGAAGUGCCAUCCGAUAAGCUGGACGACUACACCGACACAAUGAUGAAAAUCUUUGACAAAAACAAGGAUGGACGUCUGGAUCUGAACGAUUUGGCCAGGAUCUUGGCUUUACAAGAGAAUUUUCUGCUACAGUUCCAGAUGGAUGCCUGCAGCAAAGAAGAGAGGAAGAGAGACUUUGAGAAGAUCUUUGACCAUUACGAUGUUAGUAAAACAGGAGCUCUGGAGGGUCCUGAGGUGGAUGGUUUUGUCAAAGACAUGAUGGGGCUGGUCAGGCCCAACAUCACAGGUCCUGAUCUGGACCAACUGAGAGUUGUUCUGCUGCGCCACUGCGACGUCAACAAGGAUGGAAAGAUCCAGAAGAACGAGUUGGCUCUGUGUCUGGGAGUUAAACCCAAACCUUAGAUCUGUAUUAAUGUAUCCUGAGACACUGGCUCGGUGUGUAUUGUACAGUGAAAUAUGCUAGAAUGUUCUGAUCCAGAUCAGUCUGAUUACGGGGUUAUUUAAGGUCAAUAUUCAUAAAGUUUGUCUGGACCCUGAAUAAGUUAAAACCGCAGUUUGACACUAUGUGAUUAAAGAUAUUAAAUGACCUGAUAUCAUAGUUUCUCGUGCAUGUUUAAGGACCAAAAGAAAACAAUGAGAUGUGUGUGUGUUUGUUUGUUUGUUUAAAUGGCUGUGCUGUGGGAAGUCUGGUAUAUUAGUCAGUGUGCUGUUCAGAAAAACUAGAAGUAGCUUUUAAAAACAGCAUGUUUUUAUUGGCGGUAAAAGAUUUUCUCAGAGCAUACUGACUGCUACAAACAUUUGGCCACUUGUAUGUUUCUCUGCCUGAAUAAAGGGUUAAGUGCAGGA